AUGGCUGCUGCAUUACCAAGAACAUUUCGUCGGAUUUUAUGCGAAAAAUUCUCGCCUGACUUCCGCCAGGCAACUAGAAUUGUCGAUACUCCAAUGGUUAAUCCUGGUGCAAAAGAAUUAUUGAUUAAAAACAGGUACCUGGGUAUUAACGCAUCGGAUAUCAACUUUACUGCAGGACGCUAUUUCAAUGGUGAUGAACAGCCGCCAUUUGGUGUUGGUUUCGAGGCUAUUGGAGAAAUUGUGGCACUUGGCAACGAAUGUCAAAGGCACUUCAAGGUUGGCAAUCAUGUCGCAUACAUGCAAAAUGGUUCGUUCGCGGAGUAUAUGGUAGUUCCUGCAAGGGAAGCGUUUCCUAUACCUAGUUGUAAUCCAGAAUAUAUUCCAUUUAUGGUUAGCGGUUUGACAGCAAGUAUCUCUCUAGAUCAGCUAGGGGACCUAAAAUCUGGUGAGACUGUUUUAGUUACAGCUGCUGCUGGUGGUACUGGGCAAUUUGCAGUUCAAUUAGCAAAAGCGGCUGGAUGUCAUGUUAUCGGAACCUGCUCCAGCAGUGAAAAAGCUGAAUUUUUAAGGAACAUAGGUUGUGAUCGUCCAGUCAAUUAUAAAACAGAAAAUCUAGAUCAAGUUUUGAAAAAGGAAUAUCCAAAAGGCAUUGAUGUCGUAUAUGAAUCCAUCGGGGCCGAAAUGUUUAAUAUUUGUUUAGAAAAUCUGGCUAUCAAAGGACGUUUAAUCGUUAUCGGAUACAUAUCUGGUUAUCAAACCGCUAAGGGUGUUUCAAAAUCGAGGAAUCUUAUUAUUCCACCGCGUUUGCUCUCCAAAUCAUCCAGUUUGAGAGGAUUUUUAUUAUUCCAUUACGUUAAACAUUACGGAAAACACUUUCAGAAAUUGGCAAACAUGUAUCAUCGUGCAGAGUUAAAAUCCUCUGUAGAUUUAGGUCAACAAACUCAUUACAAAGGCCUAGACUCAAUCGCUGAAGCAAUUGAUUACAUGUACUCUGGGAAAAAUAAAGGCAAAAUUAUUGUGGAAUUGCCAAAACAGACAAGCAUGUUAUAA